CACAAUUUCUCAAUUUGUAGUCAUUAAUGGCCAUAGGGGCUAUAUUCGGCGGCCCGAUUGCUGGCUUUCUUGUUGGUAAUUAUGGCCGGAAAUUGGCUAUGAUGAUGUGUUUUCUGCCACUUUUUGUUGGCUAUAGCCUGAUAUCAUCUCUGGACAACAUUGCAACUCUGUACUUAGGCCGCAUACUGACCGGCGUUGGAACGGGAAUGGUUUCUCUCUCUACUCCCGUAUACAUAGCAGAGCUAUCGAGUUCUAAUUUGCGAGGAAUGUUAGUAGGUGGCUUUCAGCUGUUUCUAGGCGGUGGGAUGCUCCUCGUGAAUGCUUUGGGUUGGUGUAUAUGACCAGGUGUUAAUUUAAUGUCAAACCUCCUCCACGAUAAUAUGUGUGGAGGAUAA